ACUCACUCAAAUUCAAAAUCCCCAAAUCUCUGAAACCUUAACUCUCUCCCUUAGCUCUCCGCCAUGGCUGAUAUCGCAACCGCCGAGAUGCCGAACACCAGGAAGGCAAGGACCAGCAGGAGGGCGCUGAAGGCCAAGACUCCAUCCACAAACGAAGCCAACAUCCUGGCCGGAACGGUGUUGGAGGCAGCUGCUCCGAGCCCGAUCCCGACCGAUCCGGCGAAGGAGAACCACGAGAGCCUCUCGCAGCCUCGCACGUCGCCGAAGAAAGCCACCAAGGCCUCGAAGAAACAGUCCAAGGCGGCGAAGGAGAAGGAGACGGCGCAGUCGAGUUUCGAGAAGGACUUGCAGGAGAUGGAGGAGAAGCUUCAGGCUCUGAGGCUGGAGAAGGAGAAGACGGAGGAGCUUUUGAAGGAGAAGGAUGAGAUCUUGAAGCUUAAGGAGGAGGAGCUCGAAUCGAAGGGAAGAGAGCAAGAUAAGCUUCAGAUGGAGCUCAAGAAGUUGCAGAAAACGAAGGAGUUCAAGCCCACCAUGGCACUCCCAAUUAUUCCGUCACAGAAAGACAAGAAGAAGAAGGGUGGCCCUGAGAUGAAAAGGCCAUCGCCUCCCUAUGUGCUAUGGUGCAAAGAUCAGUGGAAUCAGGUCAAGCAAGAGAACCCUGAGGCCGAGUUUAAGGACAUAUCAUCCAUUUUGGGGGCCAAAUGGAAGACUGUCACAGUGGAAGAGAAAAAGCCUUAUGAAGAGAAGUACCAAGCUGAGAAGGAAGCCUAUUUGCAAGUGAUGGCGAAGGAGAAGCGUGAGAGUGAGGCGAUGCACUUGUUUGAGGAGGAGCACAAGCAGAAGACAGCUAUGGAGUUGCUUGAACAGUACAUGCAAUUCAAACAAGAAGCAGAAAAGGAUGGCAAGAAGAACAAGAAAGAGAAGGAUCCAUUGAAGCCCAAGCAGCCAGUGUCAGCAUUUUUCCUAUUCACAAAUGAGAGGCGAGCAGCCCUGAAUGCACAGAACAUCAAAUCUGUUCUAGAGGUUGCAAGGAUCACCGGUGAAGAAUGGAAGAACAUGACAGAUGAGCAAAAGGGUCCAUAUGAAGAGAUGGCAAAGAAGAACAAGGAGAAGUAUAUGCAAGAAAUGGAGGUCUAUAAGCAACAGAAGGAAGAGGAAGUUGCCAUUCUCAGAAAGGAAGAGGAAGAGAUGAUGAAGCUUCAAAAGCAUGAAGCCUUUCAACUGCUCAAGAAGAAGGAGAAGACAGAGAACAUAAUCAAGAAAACAAAAGAGAUUGAGAAGAAGAAGAAGGAAGAGAAGAAGAUUGUUGAUCCCAACAAGCCCAAGAGGCCUGCAUCCUCAUACAUUCUGUUCAGCAAGGAAGCAAGAAAGAAUCUGAUGGAGGAGAGACCAGGAAUCAGUAACUCCACCAUUACUGUUCUCAUUUCAGUUAAAUGGAAGGAAUUGAGUGAGGAAGAUAGAAAGGUGUGGAAUGACCAGGCUGCUGAAGCCAUGGAGGCUUAUAAGAAGGAAUUGGAGGAAUACAACAAGUCUGUUGCUGCAUCCAUCCAAGACUGAAGAAAGUGUUCAAGUGCUAAUGAACAUUUAGUGUAGUGAAAAGCCCAUCAUUUUGAAAAGCCCAUCAUUUUGAUGGCAUAACCUGAAUUCUAUCUGUAGUGUAAUUUUCAUUUUCAGUUUGAUGCCAACUUUCUACCCCCCUUAAUGAAUAUGAUCUACUUUCUACCCUA